AUGGAUAUCAUUCUGACGUCCCCAAACAGACUACAGUCUCAGACUAAAGAAUUAGCGUAUUCAUCAUCAUCCAUUUGUUAUCACAAUCACCAUCUUCGUCAGUCACGAUUAGACGAUACCAUCAUCAUCAUCGUCAUCAUCAUCAUCGUUGCUGCAGUUUUUAUCUACGUGAAGGUUCAGAGAUCUAAAAAUCAAAUCAUGCUCGUCACGUAUGCUCCAAAGAUCCCUGCCUCCUCUCCCCCGCCCCCAAACCCGUAUGGUUCACCUGACCUGUUGACCCCAACACCUGCUGUCCUUUUCGAGUUUAUUCCCAUUCCCUGCCUUCCCCCUUGCCCCCAGCGUUCUUCACGGGUGUCACCCACCCGUCCCAGGACACAUGGCGGGGCUAGCCCGCCCGUCCUGGGACACAUGCCUGCUCCUGGUCGCUCAUCCCGGUAUACAUGGCAGGCCUCGGCUGCCUGUCCUGGGACACGUGGUGGUUCCCAGUCGCCCAUCCCGGUACACGUGGCAGUCCCCGCCCACCCGUGGCAGGCCCUGCCCACCUGUCCAGGGACCUGUAGCGGGACUCGCCCGCCCAUCCCGGUACACAUGGUGGUCGCCCGCCCGCCCAUCCUAAUAGUGGCCCAUACCGGUCCCCCCUUACCUUACCAGUCCCAGGAAACGUGGCGUGCCCCGCCCGGCCAUCCCAAUACCUGUGGUGGUCCCCGCCUGCCUGUCCCAGGACCCAUAGCAGGCCCAGCCUGCCCAUCACGGGACCCGUGA